AUGGAACCCAUUUUUGAAGAAGCUAGAAAAGGUAAAGAUAAUAGUAUAGAAAUAAAUAAAUUUAGAAUUCAAUUAGCAAUUAGCACUAUACCCGAAUUUAAUGGCAAUUCAGAUGACCUUUAUAGAUUUUUAAGUACUGUAGACUCAAUUUUAGAUGACGUGGAUUUUGAGACCUACAAAUUUAUAUCAAAAAUUGUUAUUUGUAAAUUAAGUGGAACAGCUUUUGAUUGCAUUAGACGGGCUGAUUAUCAGUUAUGGAAUAAUGUCAAACCUAUUCUAAUUAAACGUUUUAAAGAUAGAAGGUCCAUCGCUGAGUUACAUCACGAGCUAGCAACAACAACAAGAAAAAAUGGGGAAUCGAUUGAGGAAUUUGCAGAGAAACUUGAGAGUUUGCUUACGUUAAUAAACAACGAAUGCUAUUUUACACAAAAUGAAAUAGCGUAUCCAUCAUAUUGUGACUUGGCUUUGGCCGUUUUCGUUAAAGGCCUACCAUUUCACUUGAAAAUUAUAGUUAAAGCAGCCAAACCGGAAAAUUUGAAGGAUGCAAGGAAUAUCGCUGCAAAUGAAGAAAAAUAUUUAAACAUCAGAUCCGAUAAAAAAUACAACCCAUUCGUCACUUGCAGAUACUGCAAGAAAAGGGGACACCACAUUAACCAAUGUCGAAAACUUACAAAUAGGAAAAGAGAUGACAAACCUAGAAUCUACAAUGGUGGAAAUGACGAUAGAAUGGACUACGAAAGUAAUAAGGAUCUGAAAUAUACAAAAAUAUAUGAUGAUACAUACAAGGCAUUCAUAACAACUAAAGAAGAGUCCGAAGAGUCCAAAGAGUCCGAAGAGUCCGAAGAGUCCGAAGAGUCCGAAGAGUCCGAAGAAUCCGAAGAACAAAAAGAAUACAAAGAAGAAAGUUUGACUCACAACACCAAAAUAGAAGAGUUGACGACAAUCGCUGCAAAUUCAUACGAAGAAGAAAAGGAACUAUAUGUGGACCAAGAUAUGGAACCAACCAUACGUGCAAAUUCAUACGAAGAAGAAAAGAAUCUAUAUGAGGCAGAAGAUAUGGAAUAUCAAAUGCAAGAUUCUUUACGCCAUUAA